AAAGGAGUUAGAACUAUUUGUACAGAAGUGUCAAAUGAAUAUGAGAAAGAGACAGGCAAGCUUGUCACUCUCAAUUAUAAUACACUUCUAAGACAUGCUUCUGGAAAAAAAUCUUUAAGUAAGUUUAAUGAGGAAAAAGGUUGGCUCUUACCUAAAGAAGUAGAUAAACUUAUUCAACUUACUGAAGAGUUUUCUGAAAGAGCUAUACCUCUUACUCAUAAAACACUUAAAGAGGCAGCAGAGCAUGUAUUAAAAGCUAGACUUGGAAAUGAUUUUACAGGUCUAGGUACUAACUGG